AUGGCCAAGAUUAACACCCAAUUCUCCCACCCUGCGGUAAGGACCACAGACAGAGAUCUCAACCAUGUUGAAAAUGGCUUCAGCAGGGUCCACUUGCCGAGCGAGGAGACUUCGUCAGAACUGCAGCAGGAGAUCGCCAUGGAGACCAGAGGACUGGCGGAGUCUAGGCGAAGCUCCUACGCCAGCCAGGGGCCCGCCAGGAUGUCUCGCCUGAUCAUCUCAUUGCGAGCAUGGGCCACCAGACACGUACACCACGAGGCCCAGAGAACGGACUCAUUCCUGGAGCAUUUCCGCGGAGCUGAGCUAAAGGAGGUGUCCAGCCAAGAAAGCAAUGCCCAGUCAAAUACGGGCAGCCAGGAGCCACCAGACAGAGGGAGAGGUGGCUGGCCCCUGGCCAGAAACAACACCAACACCUGCAACAACUCAGAGGAUGACAAGGCGAAAAAGGAGGAGAAGGAGAAAAAGGAAGAGAAAGAGAAAAACUCCACAAAACCAGAGGAAAACAAGAAGGACAGCAUAGUGGUGGAUCCCUCCAGCAACAUGUACUACAACUGGUUGACUAUCAUUGCCCUGCCUGUCUUCUACAACUGGUGUCUGCUGGUGUGCAGGGCCUGUUUCGACGAGCUGCAGUCCGAGCACGUGAUGCUGUGGCUGGUCCUGGACUACUUGUCCGACGUCCUCUACGGCUUGGAUAUGCUGGUGCGAGCCCGGACAGGCUUCCUUGAACAAGGCUUGAUGGUCAAGGAUGCCCCGAGACUGUGGAAGCAUUACACAAAGACUGUGCACUUCAAACUGGACAUAUUAUCCCUGGUCCCCACAGACCUGGCUUAUUUUAAGUUGGGCAUAAACUAUCCAGAACUGAGGUUCAACCGCCUCCUGAAGUUUGCCCGGCUCUUUGAGUUCUUCGACCGCACAGAGACGAGGACCAACUACCCCAAUUUGUUCAGGAUCGGGAACUUGGUCUUGUACAUCCUUGUCAUCAUCCAUUGGAAUGCCUGCAUCUACUUUGCUAUUUCCAAGUUCAUUGGUUUUGGGACAGAUUCCUGGGUCUAUCCAAACAUCUCAAACCCAGAGUAUGGACGCCUCUCCAGGAAGUACAUCUACAGUCUCUAUUGGUCCACCUUGACCCUGACCACCAUCGGGGAGACCCCACCCCCUGUGAAAGACGAGGAGUAUCUGUUUGUUGUCAUAGACUUCCUGGUGGGCGUCUUGAUUUUUGCCACCAUUGUUGGCAAUGUGGGCUCCAUGAUCUCGAACAUGAAUGCUUCACGGGCUGAAUUCCAGGCCAAGAUUGACUCUAUCAAGCAGUAUAUGCAAUUCCGCAAGGUGACCAAGGACUUGGAGACUCGGGUGAUCCGGUGGUUUGACUACCUGUGGGCCAACAAGAAGACAGUGGAUGAGAAGGAGGUGCUCAAGAGUCUCCCAGACAAACUGAAGGCUGAGAUUGCCAUCAACGUGCACCUGGACACUCUGAAGAAGGUCCGCAUCUUCCAAGACUGUGAGGCAGGGCUGCUGGUAGAACUCGUGCUCAAGCUGCGGCCUGCAGUGUUCAGCCCAGGGGAUUACAUCUGUAAGAAGGGGGACAUUGGGAGGGAGAUGUACAUCAUCAAGGAGGGCAAGCUGGCUGUGGUGGCUGAUGACGGGAUCACCCAGUUCGUGGUCCUUAGUGAUGGGAGUUACUUUGGGGAGAUCAGCAUCUUGAACAUCAAGGGGAGCAAGUCAGGGAACCGCAGGACAGCCAAUAUCAGGAGCAUCGGCUACUCGGACCUGUUCUGCCUUUCCAAGGAUGAUCUGAUGGAGGCUCUCACCGAAUACCCAGAGGCCAAGAAGGCCCUGGAGGAGAAGGGACGGCAGAUCCUGAUGAAGGACAACCUGAUUGAUGAGGACGUGGCCAGGGCUGGGGCAGACCCCAAGGAUAUUGAGGAGAAGGUAGAGCACCUGGAGUCCUCCCUAGAUACCCUGCAGACCAGGUUUGCACGGCUCCUGGCCGAGUACAACGCCACCCAGAUGAAAGUGAAACAACGUCUCACUCACCUGGAAAGCCAGGUGAAGAUCGGCACGAGUGACCCUCUGGCUGAUGGGGCCACUCCUGGGGAGGCUGAGAAAACAGAGACCAAACAACAGUGA